AUGGAUAACUCACCUCGAAUCCUCCUCUUUGGGGCUGGAAGCAUAGGGGCCGUUUUCGUGUAUCAAUUCCAGCGUGCUGGUUGUCAGGUCACAGCAGUGUGUCGGUCCAACUAUGACACAGUGAAGCAGAAUGGCUUCAAGCUCCACAGCAAGCGAUUUGGAGACGUGCAGUUUCGUCCAGACCUGGUUAUUAGGAGUGUAGCUGAGUGUCCAGAGGAUGUCGCCUAUGAUUUUGUCUUCAUUGCCACCAAAUCGUUUCCCGGAUCGACACCGUCUCUGAGCGACUUGAUCCGUCCUGCCGUCCAUGGUCGACCUCAGACUGUCAUCGUACUCGCUCAGAAUGGAAUUGACAUCGAGGAUGAGGUGGCUCAGGCAUAUCCGCAAAAUCCGCUGCUGAGCUGUGCUGUCUACCUCCCGGCCACGCAGACGGAACAGGGCAUAAUUGAGUAUCCUGAGAUGCUGAAUCUGCUUGAGAUUGGCACCUUUCCCUCGACCGCCCCAGCAUCCCACAAAGCAGCCGCAGUCAGGUUGUCGGAAUUGGUCAUUGCAGGCGGAGGUCAAGCCGAAGUCCACGAUGAUAUUCAGAUCGCUCGUUGGGGCAAGAUCAUGCUGAAUUGUGCCUGGAGUCCCACCUGUGCUCUUGCAAUGUCUACCGAUGCGGACUUUCUGCUUUCGUCUUCUCCGUACUCUUACGACCUGGUGUGGUCCAUUAUGAAAGAAAUCAUCGAGCUGGCAAAGAAGAUGGGAAUCCCAAACGUGGACGAGACGGUUGCGAAGAAGAAGCUGGCUAUUGGCACACGUCGGGCAGAAAUACGGCAGGGGAGGGAGACGAGUAUGGUGCAGGAUGUCAAGCAGGGCCGGCUGUUCGAGGUGGAAGCGAUCGUGGGUAACACCGUCCGACUCGGGCAGAAAUGGGGAGUCGACAUGCCUCUCACGGCGAUGCUGUACGCCCUGACCAAAGCAAGAUUUGAUGCCAUGGUGCGGGAGCAGAAAGGAGAAAUCGAUCCGUGA